AUGAAUUCUCAACCCUACUUCUCCAACAACUUCAAUGGUUAUUAUUUUGACCUAAAUAACCCUCCAUUCUAUAAUUUUCCAUCUAGUUACAAUCAAAACAACAUAUCCUUUUCAUCUCCAUCUCCACCUAGAGAAGCUCUUCCUUUGCUUAACCUAAACCCUACAAAACAUGAAGAUCUUCUUGAAUCUUCCUUUAGUUCCAUGGAGAUGAUGAACAUGAAAGAGAAAGAGCAACUAAGUAUAUCAUCAAAUUCUCUAGAUGAUGUUCAUGAUGCUGUUACUGUUGCUUUACAUCUAGGGCUUCCAACUAUAACUUCAUCUGAUUUGGUUUCAGAGAAAGAAGAUGAUGAUGAAAAAGUUGUAACUGUUGCUUCUGAGUGUCCACCGAGUAAAAUUAAUAGGGGUCAGUAUUGGAUCCCUACCCCUGCUCAGAUUCUUAUUGGUCCUACACAGUUUUCAUGUCCUCUUUGUUUCAAAACCUUCAACAGAUACAAUAACAUGCAGAUGCAUAUGUGGGGACAUGGAUCACAAUAUAGAAAAGGACCGGAAUCUCUUAGAGGAACACAACCAACAGCCAUGUUAAGACUCCCAUGUUAUUGUUGUGCCUCAGGGUGCAAGAACAACAUUGAUCAUCCAAGAGCAAAACCGCUAAAAGAUUUCAGAACACUUCAGACACAUUACAAGAGAAAGCAUGGAAUAAAACCCUUCAUGUGUAGAAAGUGUUGCAAAGCAUUUGCAGUGAGAGGUGAUUGGAGAACUCAUGAGAAAAACUGUGGUAAGCUUUGGUAUUGUUGUUGUGGGUCAGAUUUCAAACACAAAAGGUCACUUAAAGAUCAUAUAAAGGCAUUUGGGAAUGGACAUAAAGCUUAUGGAAUUGAUGAUCAAGAUGGCUCUGAAAUUGAGCAAGAAAAUGAAUCUUUUCAGUCAUAG